AACAAAACCCUUUCACAAUCAUCUGUAACUGAUAAAAACCCAGAAAAAAAAUAUUAAACCAGCAGAGCCUGCGCCAGAUUGAAUCUGAAAAAACAACAGAACAGUAGUUGCUUUAUGGUGCUCGUGGCGGGAAGUUGAGAACGAUUUUUUUUAAACGAAUCUUGAAAAAUACUACUGAAUUCGAUGAGAUAAAAAAAAGUUCAAGUGAUAAAAAAUAAUAAUUCUUUGAUAUGAUUCUUUGACAAAAAUGAAAAUAAUUUAUUUUGAAUUUAAAUAAGAAAUAUUCUCAAAUAGAAAAUCUGAGUGUAUUCAUUAUAAUCAAUGUGUUAAGUGGAUAUAUAAAGUGUUCAAAAAAAGAUUCAAAAGAAAAAGAACCAUUUUUUUUUGGAAACGGUUUUUUUCUUUCAUUGGAAUACGAAAUGGGAUUACAAGGACAAAGCCAUAGAUUGCUGUUAUCCUGUGGAACGGUGUUAUGGAUUAUUACGUACUUAAUUAGCAGCUGUAGUGCAUUACCAAAACCUCAAUCAAGUAUUGAAGAUGACGAUUACUUUGCUAAUUUUGCUGCAACUAGAGGUGCUCCCCUUAUAACACCCGUCUCGCCCGAAAUAACACUUGAAGUUAAAUCAAAUUACUCAUUACGAUGUGAAGCUAAUGAACCGAUAACAUGGCGGGCAUCAACACCGGUUGCAUUGGAAUUAGAAAAUUCAUCAUACAAUACUCUCAAUGUAGAUACACCGUAUGGAAAUAUGUUGUAUUUACGUAAUGUGGCAGCUGAAUAUGUUGGAUAUUACUAUUGUAUAAAAGAGAGUGAAUUAGUUGAAGAUGGUGAUUAUGAUAUGCUGGUGGAGAACUUUAAAGCUGCCAAAAUUUAUGUUUUUAUCAAUGAUAAGGAUGUACUUUUGGUACCGAUGAUAGUCCCUGUUAUAAGCGCUAGUCAAUAUGAUGAUGUCGUGAUUCCAUGUAAACCAACAAUGCCCGAUACUGUGGUUGAAUUAAUCACGAAUGACCAACAGGUACAUUCCAGUGAGCAAACCGGCCGAUACGACCCGAAGCGGGGUUUUGUUGUACAAAUCCAACAAAUAACCGAAGCGGGCUUAUACUCAUGUAAACCUCAACAACCAUCACCGUUAAAUGAAGAAGAAGAGGUCAACUUUUUGAUCCUUUAUAGUGGUAACGAAAAUAAUGAUCUAUUUGCCAGCGAGAUACCGCUAAACAAAUUAAAUAACAACAACUACAUUCUAUCUAGUCUAAGUCCAGUGAAUAACACACAUUUCUUUUCCCAAUCUAACAACACCAACAACAACAAAAACAACAACUACAACGAUGUGGUUGAUGAACCGGUAGUGGUGGUGGUAUCGCGGAAGUCACGUUCACUCUCCUCAUCGCCAUCAUCUUUGACAUCAAUGACAACAACAACAACAACAACAACAACUGCAAAACCAACAACAAUGAGACAAUUUAAACGUCUUAAUGUUGGUGGCGCUAGUAGUAGUAUGGUGAAAAAAAGUGAUGGCGGACAUAACAAUAACAACAUUGGUGAUGGUGAGGCUGAUGUUAAUGAUGAUGAAGAUGAACCGAAUAAUAAUAAUGAUGGUGGUGGUGAUAAUGAUAAUGAUAAUCGCGAAAAUGUCAAAAAUUCUGACAUUACUACAACUGCUAAAAAUAUUGGUGUGGGAAUAACAUCUGCAUCGUCAUUGCCUAAUAUUGAAUUUAGAGUUACAACUGAAUCGGGUUAUGGUGUUACAAAGGGCAAACGGCAAACGACUAGCUCUAGCUCUUAUCGAGAUAGAUCGUAUAAGAGCUAUAGUGGGAGUACACCAAAACCAAGACGGUUUAAAACAACACAUGUGGCAAAACCUCAAAUUCAUUCAGAUAAUCAUGGACAUGCUGUUGAAGGUGAAACAUUUAAUUUGACAUGCUCUGUGGAGAUAUCACAUGAUGUGAGAUUUUUAAUGAGAUGGGAAACACCAUUGGACAAAGAUUCGGAGGAUCGAUUGAGUUACACAAAUGCCACCAUCGAUGCUAAUGAAAAAAUGCGUCAUAUUGGAAAAAGUUUCCUUACCGUAACGAAUGCCCAAAAAAGUGACGGUGGAAAUUACAAAUGCAUUGUUCAAGAUCAUUCAGGAAAUUCAGCUCAUAGUACAUAUUUAAUGACAGUUCUAAAAACUGGUGAAAGUUAUAUUAAUAUAAGUGAACCCAACAAAUACUACACCAUCACAACAAAUACCUCGAAAAAUAUUAUGAUGAAUGUCAACUAUCGUGGUUUUCCAACGCCAAGCUUACACUGGUACGCUCCAGGACCAAAACUGAUACAACCAAGCAAAAAAUACGAAAUCAACAGAACAAAUACAUCAAUUAGUUUGCAAAUUAACUUUGCGGAACUUUUCGAUACUGGCGUUUAUGUUUUGAAGGCAAAUAAUGGUGUCGAAGAAAAGGACUUAGAGUUUAAUCUUUUUGUCAAAGCUAAACCACAAGUAAGUGUUGAAAACGUUUACGUUCAAGCUGGUGAACAAGCUAGACUUUUAUGUAAGACUCAUGCCUAUCCAAUGGCUAAAAUAAUUUGGACCUAUUAUCCUUGUAAUAUAAAACCAACAUGGCCGUCAUGCGAAACUGAAGCAAUUACAUUCAAUUCAACUCGAAACUCAUCUGAAUCUUCCACGAUCGAAAGAACUAACGAACUUAUCUUCAAACCAGAUCGUCCUGGAAAAAUGCGAUGUUCAGCUGGCAAUGACCUAGGCAUCAGCUCGAAUGAAGGUUAUGUUAUAAUUGGUGAUAUAACAGACAAUAUGACUGUUUAUGGAGUAGAUGAGAAUCUACUAAUUGCUAGGGGUGAUGAAGUCAUUUUGACUUGUGCAGCUUUGGCUUAUUAUUACUCGGGUGAUAUGGAUUGGUUUAAAAAUGGUCAAAUGAUUGUUAAUGGUAGUGGAAUUGAAGUUAAAUCAACAAACUCCGAUUAUUCAUACAGAAAAAUCAUAAAGUUCAAAAAUAUUGAAGAUGUUCAUGCUGGAAGCUAUGAAUGUCGAGCUAGAAUUGUUGAAAAUGAAGAGGAUUAUGAAAGCAAAUUUUUGACUAUCGAUGUUCAUGAACCUGCUGCUCCGGUUAUGGUGCAAACUAAUAUGGGCGAUCAACAUAAGCGAGCUCUGAGUGAGUCUUUAGAGCUUUUCUGUAAAUCUGAAGGUAUUCCAAAGGCAAGUAUUACUUGGUACAAGGACGAUGAAAAAUUGAACGCUGGGAAAAAUACUCUGAUUUUGGAAGAUAACACGAUUUUGAAAAUACCUUAUAUAAGGCCUGACGAUGAAGGAUUAUACAAAUGUGUAGCAUCAAAUAGGCUAGGAGUUACCGAAGCGAGUUCGCAGGUCAAAAUAACAAACAUGCCUGGUUUGAAACUUGGAUGGAUUAUUGCAAUCGUCGUCUUUAUAGCCAUACUCAUAAUUUUCAUAAUUUACUUGGGUAUUCGAAUUUUGAAAGAAAGAGAGGUUCUACGUCAGAUGAAACUAGCUGGUUUAGCUAACUUUGAAGAAGGUGCUCUUGAACAAAUUAAUCCAGCUAUGUCAUUGGAUGAACAAGCUGAUUUGUUGCCUUAUGAUCGGAGGUUUGAGUUCCCUAGAGAUAAGUUGAAAUUAGGUAAAAAACUUGGUGCUGGUGCAUUUGGAGUAGUUCUCAAAGCUCAUGCUGAAGGAAUUAUACCUGAAGAAAAAGAAACUGUUGUAGCUGUUAAAAUGGUUAAACGUACAGCUGACAAUGAAGUCAUAAAAGCUUUGGUGUCUGAAUUGAAGAUCAUGGUGCAUUUGGGACAACAUUUAAAUGUUGUUAAUUUACUUGGAGCUGUUACGAAAAAUAUUGCUAAACGUGAAGUAAUGGUUAUUGUUGAAUAUUGUCGAUAUGGUAAUGUUCAAAACUUUUUAUUGCGAAAUCGUAAAAGAUUUAUAAAUCAAAUUAAUCCAAUUACGGACAAAAUUGAUCCAACUAUUGUCGAACAGAGAUUUUCAGCAGGAGAUUUUGAAUUAAAUCGAAAUUCUGAAAACGAUCCACGAUCUGGUACCCGAGCUGGACGCCCAAAUUCCAGUAAUUACUUGAGACAGUCCGAUUUGUAUGAAGGUCAUGUUGAUAGUUGUGCAACCGAACAAACUGUAAUGACAACAAUUCCUGAAGGUGAAGAUCAAAUUAUGUCAAAUAACUCAGUUCAACCAGCAUGGCGAUCCAAUUACAAACCCGAUUCAACUGAAGCAAUGACAAUUAAUACCUCUGAUCUUGUAAGUUGGGCAUUCCAAGUGGCAAGAGGAAUGGAUUACUUGUCCUCGAGAAAAGUCCUUCAUGGAGAUUUGGCUGCAAGAAAUAUUCUCCUGUGUGAAGAUAAUGUAGUGAAGAUUUGUGAUUUUGGUCUUGCAAGAUCAAUGUACAAAAAUGAUAAUUACAAGAAACAAGGUGAAGCACCAUUGCCAAUUAAAUGGUUAGCUUUGGAGUCACUAAGUGAUCAAGUCUUUAGCACUUAUACUGAUGUUUGGUCAUUCGGUAUUGUGCUGUGGGAGUUCUUUUCGCUGGCAAAGGUGCCUUAUCCGGGAAUGGAUGCAAAUCAAACAUUGUAUUUGAAACUUAAAGAUGGCUACCGGAUGGAGAAGCCACCUUAUGCUAAUGAAGAAUUAUAUGAUAUUAUGUUGGAAUGCUGGAGUGCUAAUCCAGAAAGUCGACCUCUUUUCCAUGAAUUGGAAAAGAAAUUCGCUAGAUUGUUGGGAGAUGAAGUUACAAAUCAUUAUGUUGAUUUAAAUGAGCCUUACUUAAAAAUUAACACCGAACAUAUGCAACAAUCUGAUACAGAUUAUUUGGCACUGAUGGGAUCACCAGACGAAAUGGCACCACCACCGCCAAGAUAUGUUAACGGAAUGAUACUACCAGAAAUUCGAAUUGAUCCAUCGGACGACUAUCUUCAGAUGAAUUCUAAAACAGGUAGUGCUAUAUUUUCACCUCGUCCCCAUGACGACUAUGUUAAAGCUGACAAUUUUACGUUCUCAGAACAACAUUCACCGACAAUCUCAAAUAAUCUUGACAGUCCGGUGACGAAGAAUCGCAAAAAGGUUGGAGUCCCACCCGAAGAAAUUCCCAUGCUACAGAAGUCGUCCAAUGGCAUCAAUCGCGGUGGAGGAUCACAAUCUGAUUCGGAAACCGAGAGUCCUGGUCCACAAUCGGUGGGGAAAACUUUUGCCCAAAUAAGUCGAAGACCUGCUGAAAUAGAGACCUCCCUAACAGACAACACCAAUGGCGGCGGUGGUGAUGGAAAUUAUGUAAAUGUCAAACCGACAGAUUUAAGUAAGAAGUUCAUGAAUAGUAAUGGCACGAAAGAUGCUUUCUCUAAUCCCAGUUAUUUGAUGUUGAAGACUGUCAAUGAAGGCCGAAAGUAGUAAUGAAUUAAAAUGGACUGAAUUUCGCACUAUAUUAUGCCACACACACAAACAUAAAUAUUUGGAAGAAGAGGGAUAAAAGGUCUACACUUUUCUCCCCCCGGUCAACCGCUCCAUUUUUUAUAUAGAAAAGUAAUUCUAGUCUUAAGUUUAGAAAUAUUUUAAUUUUAACUUAAGAAAAAUCGUCUAAAUUAUUAUAUAUCACCAAUUUUUUUACAAACUUUCUCACCCAAUUUUCUCUAAGCAAACAGAGUGGAUGUUAUGUCUCACCUUAAGGUCUAAAAAUAUAGCAAUUUGAUUGCUGAUGUUCACACGUUUUAUUUGCAUUUUUUUUUUUUUGUAUUACGAUUGGUGUCAUUUUUGAACACAAAUGAAUAAAUAAAUUUGAUUUUUAUUUAAAAAUCUGUGUACCUAUUAUAUUUUAAAUGUAAAUGAAUAUAUUUUUUAACUAAUAGAUGUGUAAACGUGUAUACUAAGUAAAAUUCUGUGAAUAUAGCUUGAGAUAUAAAUUCUGAAUAUUUUUAUUCAGAAACAAAAUAAAAAUCAGUUAAUUAUGUAAGUCUACUUAAAUAUUUUUGUAAA